AUGUCUUCACACGGUCAGGAAACUGUGGUGAGCUUCGACGAGCUGUCCCAGGCAAGUUCCGAAAGCGAAAGCAAAAAAUCUUCCAGUAAUGGCGGACGGUCGGAUGAUGAAGCGAGACAAAUCUUAUCCAAGCAGGAAUCUGAGGACGUUUUCCGUCUCCGUGUCACAGUAAUUCUGGUUUUGUUUGCAGCCGCCAUGGCAGUCUCUGCUUCUAUUUUUCUCAUGAUCUCUACCUCAGAACACCAAGAGUUUGAAAACCAAUUUGAAGGUAUCGCUGAACGAAUUGUUGAUGCCUUCGAAGGAAUCCCUCAACAGAGAAUUGGCGCUGUGAGUUCUUUGGCUAUAGCGGCAAGCGCGCAUGGCGUCGAUCAUCAUCAACAUUGGCCGUUUGUAGCCUUGUCUUCUUUUCAGGAGCGUUCAACCUCGAUUCGAAACCAGGCCCAGGCUCUCUUUGUCGCUAUCGCACCAUUGAUCAGUCAGACUGAUCGAAGCGAGUGGGAGAGCUUUGUGUCAAGCAAUGCAUCCAAUUGGAUUGACGAAGGCUUUCUCUACCAAGAGCAAAUGGGGUUAAGCCAAUUUGCUCCAUCAGGCAACGCGUCUACCAUUAUCGCUGGAGCUCCUUUAAUUUCAUCAUUGAAUGAAAAUGUAUCCUACGAAAACAGUUUGGGAGAAGGUCCUUUUCUUCCAUACUGGCAAACAUCUCCGAUUCUAGAAGAAAGCCUGCUAAAUGUUGACAUUCUGAAUGAUCAAGAAAAGGCGGAAAGUGCUCGUACCUGUCUUGAGACCAGAUCCGCGGUCUUUGGAAGGCUUGAAAGCGCUCCGGCUGCAAGCAAUGACACUGAAUCAUCCUUCUAUACGCUCUUCUAUUCCAAGCUCUUAAGCAUCACGGAGGGGGAGUACGUCUUUGAAAAAAAAAAAGAUGAACCAGUUGCUGUAAUCGUAGCAACAAUGCACUGGGCCUCUCUUUUCAAAAACUUGCUUCCUACAAAUAUUGAAGGCAUUCACGUCGUGUUGGAAAAUCCGUGUUACGGGUCCUUUACAUAUGAAAUCGAAGGGAGAAAUGUCAAUUCUAUCGGCAAUGGUGACCACCAUGAAGUAGCCUUUGAAAAUACGUCGAAAAACGCGAGCCUUUUAUCUGUGGAGAAUACUGUUGACGGAACGCUGAAUGGUCUGCCGUUGUAUGAAGGUGAAUGCCCGUUUAGCAUAAGCGUUUACCCAACGGCAAAGUUCAGAAGCAACUUUAUCACCCUGACUCCACUAGUCGUCACUCUUGCCGUUGCCCUGAUUUUCGUCUUUACUGUCUUCAUGUUCAUCAUGUACGACCGCUUUGUUGAACGACGGCAGAAAAUUGUAUUACGAAAAGCAGUUCAAACAAGUGCAAUUGUCUCUUCAAUGUUUCCGAAAUCAGUCCAAGAUCGUCUUUUAGAAGCCAAUGAAAAAGCUAGGACUCAGGUAUCGACUGGUGCGAACAGCCAGAUGAACUCUUUUUUCAAUGGAGCCGAGCGCAACAACUACGAUCAGCACGAUCCUAUUGCCGAUCUCUUCCCAAACUGCACUGUCCUUUUUGCGGAUAUCGCUGGCUUUACCGCAUGGUCGUCUUCACGUGACCCUGCUCAAGUCUUUGUACUCCUUCAAGCAGUGUACCAGGCAUUUGAUGCUAUCGCAAACCGUCGCAAGGUUUUCAAGGUUGAAACGAUCGGUGAUUCGUAUGUGGCUGUCGCUGGGCUUCCUGAAGUGCAGGAGAAGCAUGCGGUGGUCAUGGCAAGGUUUGCUUGGGAAUGCCUUAUCAAAAUGCAUCAGGUUACGAAGGAUCUGGAAGUCUCAUUGGGGCCUGAUACCGGAGAACUUUCCAUGCGCGUGGGUCUUCACAGCGGUGCGGUCACAGCAGGUGUUCUUCGAGGGGACCGAGCUCGUUUCCAGCUCUUUGGUGAUACUGUCAACACUGCUGCCCGAAUGGAGAGCACCGGCGUGCGAGGUAAAAUUCAGAUUUCACAGUCCACUGCAGAUCUCAUUAUAGCUAGCGGGAAAGCGCAUUGGAUCAAACAGCGCCCGGAUUCUGUCGAGGCCAAGGGCAAAGGCACUUUAACAACUUUUUGGCUUCAACCUCGUGUCAAGGAGGGAUCAAGCAAUUGCUCAAGCGAAACAGAAGAUGCUUCGAAUCCACAAUUCCAGUAUGAGAUAGGUGACAAACCCCUUAGAAAGAGCUACGCAUUGGUUGCCAAGCAAGACCGCCUUAUCGAUUGGAUCGUCGAGCUCCUCGCUGAGUAUGCAAGAAAGAUUAUUUCAAGGCGUGGUGUUCUUCAAACCAAGCCAGACCGGUGUUUCGACCUCUUCUACGAAACGCCCGAAGGUAAAACAUGCCUGGACGAAGCCACAGGAGCUGUAUCCCUUCCACAAUUCGAUCAUGAAGCGGGUUCGAAAAACGCUGACGAAUCUGUUGUUCACCUUGACGCUAACUUUGUUCAACAGCUUCGCGAGUACGUCUCUAUUAUCGCAUCCACGUACAGAGAGAACGCCUUUCACAAUUUUGAGCAUGCCUGUCAUGUCGCAAUGUCGGUAAACAAACUCCUCAAGAAGAUCAUUUCACCCUAUUGGAGACCCGACGAAAUAAAUGGAGGUUCAGGCGGCCUGGCGUUACGCCUCCACGAGUUUACACAUGGGAUCUACUCAGACCCGCUGACACUGUUUGGCAUAGUGUUUUCGGCUUUAAUCCACGACGUAGACCAUCGUGGUGUCUCCAACGUCCAGCUCAUAAAGGAGGAACGUGAAAUGGCAGAGGUCUACCGGGGCAAGAGUGUCGCUGAACAAAACUCGUUGGACAUUUCUUGGGGGCUCCUGAUGUCGUCACAAUUCAAGGAGCUCCGUACCUGCCUCUUCCACAACCGAGAUGAGAUGAUGCGAUUCCGUCAGGUGAUCGUCAACACGGUGCUAGCCACAGACAUUUUUGACAGGGAACUCAACGAGCUGCGUACGAAGCGGUGGAGAAUGGCAUUUUACGAAAGCCAUCCAGACACAACUUUUGGAAACGAUCUCAAAGCCACCAUAUUAAUAGAGCAUAUUAUCCAGGCGUCCGAUGUGUCGCACACAAUGCAGCACUGGCAUGUAUAUCGCAAAUGGAACGAGCACCUGUUCCACGAAACGUACUUGGCGUAUACGGAAGGGCGUAUGGCAUCUGAUCCGUCAACGUUUUGGUACGAGGGGGAACUUCGUUUUUUCGACAGUUACAUCAUUCCGCUGGCCAACAAGUUGCGCGAUAUUGGCGUCUUCGGUAUGUCGAGUGACGAAUACCUCAUCUACGCACUCAGCAAUCGUCAAGAAUGGGAGCAAAAAGGCCAGGAAACAGUGGCGGAAAUGAUGAAAAAAUACUCUUCGUAUCGCAAGAGGUGA